AUGGGACGCUUGCUGCACGUUUUGACUGUGUUCAUUUAUUUGGCUGUACACAGCCAUGGUGCCAUGGAUGAGUGCGUGGAUGACUCAGGGCAGUUUCAACGCUGUAUGCCCGAGUUUGUCAACGCAGCCUUCAACGUUACGGUAGUGGCAACCAACACUUGUGGCUCUCCCCCAGAAGAGUACUGCGUGCAGACCGGAGUUACCGGAGUUACCAAAUCGUGCCAUAUCUGCGAUGCCAGGGAUCCCCGGCACCACCACAGCGCGGUUUUCCUCACCGAUUACAACAACCAUGCGGAUACCACCUGGUGGCAAAGCCAAACCAUGCUGGCAGGCAUCCAGUUCCCAAACUCAGUCAACCUCACCCUACAUCUGGGCAAGUCUUUCGACAUCACUUAUGUCCGACUGAAGUUCCACACGAGCCGCCCGGAGAGUUUCGCCAUCUACAAACGCACCGUUGAGAAUGGGCCAUGGAUUCCCUACCAGUACUACAGUGGCUCCUGUGAGAAGACUUACCAGAAGCCUAACCGGGGGUUUAUACGUACUGGUGAAGACGAGCAGCAGGCUUUGUGCACAGACGAGUUCAGUGACAUUUCUCCGUUGACUGGUGGUAAUGUGGCCUUUUCCACCCUGGAGGGGAGACCCAGUGGUUACAAUUUUGACAACAGCCCUGUGUUACAGGACUGGGUGACUGCCACGGAUAUCAGAGUGACCCUUAACAGGCUGAACACCUUUGGAGAUGAAGUUUUUAACGACCCUAAAGUUCUCAAGUCCUACUAUUAUGCCAUUUCGGACUUUGCUGUCGGGGGGAGGUGUAAGUGUAAUGGGCACGCCAGCGAGUGUGUGAAAAACAGCGUGAACAAACUAGUGUGUAACUGUAAGCACAACACCGAGGGCACCAACUGCGAGGUGUGUAAGCCCUUCUUUAACAGCCGGCCCUGGAGACGAGCCACUGCGGAGAAUGCCAACGAGUGUCUGCCAUGCAACUGUCACGGCAAAUCCACCGAAUGUUUUUUCGACCCGGAGCUGUACCGGGCCACUGGGCAUGGCGGACAUUGCCGCAACUGUGCCGACAACACGGACGGGCCAAACUGCGAGCGAUGUCAGGACAACUAUUAUCGGGAGAGUGCCAAUGGCUACUGCUCUUCCUGUAACUGCAAUACUGUGGGCUCACUCAGCACGCAGUGUGACAACAGUGGACGCUGCAGCUGCAAGACGGGCGUGUUUGCAGACAAGUGUGACCGGUGCCAGCCUGGCUUUCACAGCCUCACGGAGGCGGGCUGCAGACCCUGUUCCUGUAACUCCUACGGCAGCACGCAGGAGUGCGACAUCUCCACAGGCCGCUGCCAGUGCAAAGAGAAUGUUGAGGGGUUCAACUGCGAUAGGUGCAAGCCGGGAUUCUUUAACCUGGAUCCACUGAACCCCCAAGGAUGCACCCCCUGUUUCUGCUUCCGCCACUCGUCUGUGUGCGACAAGGCAGAAGGCUACAGCAUACACCUUGUGUCCUCCACCUUUGACAAAAGUAAUGAGGAGUGGACUGGCCAGCGGCGUGACGGGUCCGGGAUCCCGGUCCAGUGGUCCUCCAGCAGGAAGGAGAUCUCCCUCAUGUCCGAUGACUACUUUCCCAUAUACUUUGUCGCUCCAGCGAAAUUCCUGGGCGACCACCACCUGAGCUACGGGCAGAACCUCACAUUCAGCUUCCGGGUGGAUCGACGGGACUCGCGCAUGUCUGCCGAAGAUGUGGUGCUCGAGGGGGCAGGCCUGCGUGUGGCCGUCCCCCUCAUUGCCCAGGGAAACGCCUACCCCAAUGAGAAUCCGCAGACAUACGUCUUAAGGCUGCGUGACGCCUCAGACUACCCCUGGAAACCCAUUCUCACCUACUCAGACUUCCAGAAGCUGCUCUACAACUUGACCUCCAUUAAGAUCCGUGGCACCUACAGUGAAAAAAGUGCUGGGCAUCUGGAUAACGUGUCCCUCGUGACUGCCCGCAAGGGUCCGGGCACACCCGCGCACUGGGUGGAGCAGUGCACCUGCCCCCAGGGCUACACGGGCCAGUUCUGUGAGCGGUGUGCCCUGGGGUACCGCAGGGCCCAGCCUGAGCUGGGGCCUUUCAGCUCCUGUGAGCUUUGCAACUGCCACGGCCACAGCGACUCCUGUGAUCCAGAGACAGGGAUGUGUGAUUGCAAGGACCACACUACUGGUUCCAGUUGUGAGAAGUGCAGUGAUGGUUACUACGGCGAUGCUACUCUGGGAACUGCCUCUGAUUGCAAGCCUUGUCCCUGUCCUGGAGGCUCAUCCUGUGCAGUGGUACUUAAUACCAUGGAAGUGGUUUGUACCAACUGCCCUACGGGGACAGCAGGGAAGAAGUGCGAGCUCUGUGAUGACGGCUAUUUCGGCGACCCCCUGGGGAGAAGCGGCCCCUUGAGGGUGUGCAGGGAGUGCACAUGCAGCAACAACAUCGACCCCAAUGCAGUGGGCAACUGCAACCGCGACACCGGCGAGUGCCUCAAGUGCAUCUACAACACCAAUGGCUUCUUCUGCGACCGCUGCAAGGACGGCUUCUAUGGAAAUGCUCUGGCCACCAACCCUGCCGAGAAGUGCAAGGCCUGCAACUGCUCUCCUUUCGGCACGGUGAACAAGGGAACCAGCUGCUCACAGACCACUGGUCAGUGCACAUGUCUGCCCCAUGUGGAAAACAGGGACUGCAGUGCCUGCAGUCCGGGCUAUUUCAACCUGCACAGCGGCCUUGGAUGCCAGCGGUGUGACUGCAGUGCAGUUGGUUCCACAAACGGCCACUGUCACAUAAUCAGUGGUCAGUGUGAGUGCCAGCCAGGUGUCACGGGUCAGCACUGCGACCGCUGUGAGGUCAAUUCCUUUGGCUUCGGGCCGUCUGGCUGUAAACCCUGUGACUGUGACCCUGAUGGCUCCCAGUCAGCCCAGUGUGAGGAGAAUGGACACUGUAUCUGCCGGCCCGGUUUUGUUGGUGUUCGCUGUGACAUGUGUGAAGAGAACUACUUCUACAACCGUUCUCGGCCCGGCUGCCAGCAGUGUCCCUCUUGCUACACCCUUGUGAGAGACAAGGUACACCAGCAAAGACAGAAGAUGCAGGAACUGCAGGAUCUAAUUGACAACCUGAGCAGCAGUCAGGGGACCGUCAGUGACAAGGCCUUUGAAGAGCGUCUGCGGGAGGCAGAAAAGGCAAUUAUGGACCUGCUAUUGGAGGCGCAAAACAGCAAAGAUGUUGACAAGGAGCUCCUGGAGCGAUUGGCUCACAUCAACAGCACCUUAGUCACCCAGUCGAAGCGUCUCCAUAACAUACGUGACACUGUGGACCAAACGAGCACAUUGGCAGACAAGUCUCGAACCCGUGUCCGAAGCGCAGACAACCUGAUCAACCGGGCCCGCGAUGAGCUCCAAAAGGCCAAGGAUGCCAUAAAUAAAGUGGAUAUAAAUGUACCAACAAACACUGGGGAUCCGAACAACAUGACCCUUCUAGCAGAGGAAGCUCGGAAACUGGCUGAGAAACACAAGAUUGAUGCAGAUCAGAUACAUAAAAUCGCCAAGGACGCCAAUAGCACAUCAACUAAGGCCCUGGAGCUGUUGAAGAAGACUUUGGACGGGGAGAACAAGACGAGCAGUGACAUCGAGGAUCUCAACAAGAAGUUUAAUGAGGCUAAAGACUUGGCACGGAACUUGGAAAAGCAAGCGAGCAAGGUGGACGCUGAAGCUGAAGAGGCUGGCAGCAAGGCCUUACGCAUCUACGCAAACCUAACUGGGCUCCCAGGUCUCGACACCAAAUCACUUGAGGAUGAAGCAAACAAAAUCCAGAAAGAGGCCUCGGAGCUGGAUAAAUUGAUUGAUAAAACUGAGAAAGAGUAUGUGGACCUCAGGGAGGACCUCAGAGGCAAAGAGACUGAAGUCCGCAGACUGCUAGAGAAGGGCAAGACUGAGCAGCAGACUGCUGAUCAGCUGCUGGCUCGAGCUGAUGCCGCCAAGGCCUUGGCUGAAGAAGCAUCCAAGAAGGGGAAAUCCACGUACCAGGAAGCCCAAGACAUUCUAGGAAACCUGAGAGAUUUUGACAAACGAGUGAAUGACAACAAGACGGCUGCAGAAGAUGCCAUGAAGAAGAUCCCAGAGAUUAAUGCUACCAUCGUUAUGGCUGCUGAGAAGACGAGGCAGGCGGAGGGAGCGCUGGGUAAUGCUGCUGCCGAUGCCGCGGAGGCCAAGAACAAGGCAGAAGAAGCCGAGAAGAUUGCCAAUGCCGUUCAGAAGAGUGCUGCAAAAACCAAACAGGAAGCAGAGAAGGCCUUUAAUGACACCAUGAAGUUAGACGACGAGGUCAACGAUAUGAUGGCUAAGCUGUCGAAUGCAGAGACGGAGCUAGCCAAGAGGACUUCAGACGCUGACCAGGACAUGAUGAUGGCCAGCAUGGCCUCUGAUGCAGCUAAGGAGGCUGAGGACAAUGCUCGCAAGGCGAAGAACGCUGUCAAGACAGCUUUGAAUACAAUAAAUCUCCUCUUGAAGCAACUGGGCAACAUCGACAAAGUGGACCUGAGCAAACUGGACCAGAUCGAUGGAUUGCUGAAGCGUGCCAAAGACCAGAUGGACAAUAGUGAGCUGGACCGCAAGCUUAAAGAGCUCAGUGAUGUUGCCAAGAGCCAGGACACCAUGAUCUCUGACUAUGACCAGCAGAUCCGCGACAUCAGGAAGGACAUUGACAACCUAAUGGACAUAAAGAACACGCUACCGGCAGGGUGUUACAAUACCGCUUCCUUGGAGCGGCCCUAACCUGGGUUCUCCCCUCUAUGUACCUCUGCUCCUCACCUAUAACACUGGCUAAGUGCCGUCUUUUACCAAAACUGCUUUUUUUUUUUUUGCUUAACAAAAAAAAAAAACAUAUCAAUAUUUUGGUUAAACCAGGAUUUUAUAACAAAUAACUGCGACUCAUAUAUGCAACAAGUUGCAGAAACAGAGCUGUUACCACAGUUACCGACUUUGCAGUUUGAGUGCAGCCGCUAUUAGAGACAAAACGGUACCAUCCGGGAAAAAAAAAACCCAUAUGACUGCAACGGCUUGUGUUUUUCCAGAAGUGCCUUAAGUGCAAGACGCAAGGACUCCUGUCAAAUCCAUGUGUCAUUCAGAAUAAGCUUAGGUGAAACAGACUUUUGGCAACUUGUGUUUCGUGUUUUUUUUGGGCGCAGCUAGUCAUAGCUAAUAUUCAAUACAUAGUUUUUAUUUGACCAUGACAUGAGAGUAACCUUGUCCAGCAGUGAAUGAAUCCCUGGUGAACUCAAACCACUUAUUUUGUCUACUGUAGUGUACGCAUGUAUACAUGAAAAUGCAAAACCCAUCAAGUAAAUAUAUCGAAAGUGUGAAAAGGCACUUGUAAAAUAUCAGCUAACCUUAUAGAUGACCACCUUUGCUGCAUAAGUACCCAUUUCCUGCAACAUACUCUGAAUUCAACACUAUGCAAUAUUGUACAUGUGCGUAACAAGACUUUGAUACACUGGUGCUAAUAAUUUCAAAUGUUAUAUUUGUGUGUGUGUGUUUAUUAUAGUGUGAGAAUGGGAUUUUCGUGUAAAUAUAUGCAUUUAUAUGCGCAGGACUGACUACAGUGCAUUAGCCUCCUCUUGUGGUCCCAUCAUUUACAAAAGCAACUGAAACUUGUACACACAUGGUCCUAGCAUUACAAAAUAACUGUACCUGAAAUCUACAGACACAGACCCACACACCUGUAUAGGACAAUGCUUGCUUGUAUUCAAAGGUUUUGCUUGUUAAUCGCAAACAUGCCUUUACUUCCAAUGGUUGCUUCCUUGAAUGGAAGAGACCUGGCUUUUCUAAGCCAUGUAUUAAAUACUGGUGUUAGUGUUAACAAUGUAAAGAUACCUACUUGUGUUGAACGCAUGAAGGAACAAGUUGCAGAAAGACCAGCAAAUCCUCUGAUGCCAGUCAUGCCUCCUCUGUAUUUGCAAAGCACGCCAUUGUGGAAAGAAUGUCACACAUACUAUUUUAUGUAUAAAACAGUUCUUAUUUAUAUCAAGUAUUUAAUCAUUUAUUAGUUUUUAAGUUAGUAUUUUUAUUUUCAAAUCCCUACAUGCCACGGUGACAUUUUUUUUUAAAAGAUCUGACAAUUCCUGUUCAUAUACUGCCUGUAAAUCAAAUUGUUCCAAUUAAAUUGUUGCUACGAAAACAA